UUUCCUAACGGUCCGACUACGGGCACACUGCUCCGGUUUCGAAUUGUUUAACAAGUUUUUGUUUAAAGCUUUCCCUACCACUGAGUAACCGCCUCUUUCCGCAAACACAACACAACUCGGCAGAAUGAUUAAGAACGCAGUAUCGCUGGUGACCGGAGGAGCCUCUGGACUGGGUCGCGCCACCGCCGAACGCCUGGCUAAGCAGGGAGCCAGCGUGAUCCUGGCCGAUCUACCCUCAUCCAAGGGCAACGAGGUGGCCAAGGAGCUGGGCGACAAGGUGGUCUUUGUGCCCGUGGAUGUGACUUCCGAGAAGGAUGUGAGCGCCGCCCUGCAGACGGCCAAGGACAAGUUCGGUCGGCUGGAUCUGACGGUGAACUGUGCGGGCACCGCGACGGCGGUGAAGACCUACAACUUCAACAAGAACGUGGCCCACAGACUGGAGGACUUCCAGCGGGUGAUCAACAUCAACACGGUGGGCACGUUCAAUGUGAUCCGCCUAUCCGCCGGCCUGAUGGGUGCCAACGAGCCGAAUCAGGAUGGACAGCGUGGCGUGAUUGUGAACACCGCCUCGGUGGCGGCCUUUGAUGGCCAAAUUGGACAGGCGGCCUACUCGGCCUCCAAGGCGGCUGUGGUGGGCAUGACUCUGCCCAUUGCCCGCGAUCUGAGCACCCAGGGCAUCCGGAUCUGUACGAUUGCCCCAGGUCUGUUCAACACCCCAAUGUUAGCUGCGCUUCCGGAGAAGGUGCGCACUUUCCUGGCCAAAUCCAUACCGUUCCCGCAGCGCCUGGGCGAGCCCAGUGAGUACGCCCAUCUGGUGCAGGCCAUCUUCGAGAACCCACUUCUCAACGGCGAGGUUAUCCGCCUCGACGGUGCCCUGCGUAUGCAGCCCUAAAUCUUAUUAUGAAGAACCCAUAAGUGGCUCGAUCAGUUUGCAUUUAUCUAUUGUCUAGUGCUUAAGCUGAAAAGUUUUAUUAUCUGUCCCGAAAUUAUGUAAUAAUUGCUAUUAAACACACAUUUCAAAUUUUA